AUGCGAGGCACAACAGCGCUUGCGGCGCUCGCUGUAGCGCUGGCUCUGCCAUUGCAGGCAGCGGCCUGGUAUCUACCGGGCAGCGCGCCGCACUCCUACAAGCAGGGCGACCAGGUGCCGUUCUCGGUGAACGCUCUGCAGGCCAAGGCGUUUACGUCGCAGAUCAAGGGCGUGCUCAAGUACGACUACUACGACCCGCGCUUCCAGUUCUGCACACCCGACGGCGGGCCCGAGGCGCAGAGCGAGAACCUCGGAAGCGUGCUCUUUGGUGACCGCAUCUACAGCAGCCCAGUCCAAGGCGUCAUGCUCAAGGACGAGGUGUGCAAGCAAAUGUGCCGCACCACCAUCACCCCCGAGAACGCCGCCUUCAUCAACGACAGGAUACGCGAGGAGUAUGCAGUUAACUGGAUGGUCGACGGUCUGCCCGUCGCAGAGUCGCGCAGAGAGAUCAAGACGCACGAGGAGUUCCUCUCGCUUGGUUUUGCGCUCGGCAGCUUGCAGGAUGAGCACUUCCAGCAAUACGACCCACCCGCGCUGCACAACCACUACGACAUCUACAUCGACUACCACAAGCGCGGUCCGGACGAGUACCGCGUCGUCGGCGCACGCAUCUAUCCGCUCUCCAAGGACUCGCUCACAGGUGUCGCCGCGGGCCAGCCGGCAGACUGCAAGGCAGCCAACCCUCUCCAGCUCAGCAACGCAACCUCGACCGGCGUCGCCUACACCUACAGCGUCCGAUGGAGGGAGUCGUCCACACCUUGGGCAACGCGCUGGGACGCCUACCUCAAGGUGUUUGACCCCAGGAUCCACUGGCUUGCGCUCAUCAACUCGAUCGUCAUCGUCAGCUUCCUGUGCAUGAUGGUCGCCAUCGUCGUCGCGCGCUCCAUCAGCCGCGACAUUCACCGCUACAACGCCAUCGACAUGAACGAAGACGUCCAGGAGGACUUUGGCUGGAAGCUCGUCCACGGCGAGGUCUUCCGUCCGCCUGGCAGACCCAUGCUCCUCUCCAUCUUUAUCGGAUCGGGAUCCCAGCUCGUGGCCAUGGCUGCCGUCACGCUCGUGUUUGCGCUCCUCGGCUUCUUGAGCCCGUCCAACCGCGGCUCGCUUGCGACCGUCAUGAUCGUGACUUGGACGCUCUUUGGCAGCAUCGCCGGCUUUGUCUCGAGCAAGGUGUAUGCCAGCUUGGGCGGCGAGUACUGGAAGCAGAACAUCGUGCUCACCGCCAUGCUCUUCCCCAGCCUCGUCUUCUCGCUCGUGCUGCUGCUCAACUUCUUCCUGAUCUUCAGCGGCUCAUCGGGGGCCGUGCCCUUCGGCACGCUGCUGGCGCUCGUCGCGCUCUGGUUCCUCAUCAAUGUGCCGCUUACCGCUGUCGGCGCGAUGCUCGGUAUCCGGUCCGGCGGAUUCACCCAUCCGGUCAAGCCCAACUCGAUCCCACGCCAGAUCCCCUAUCAGCACACGUGGUACCUGCGCCCGCUGCCAUCCGCCAUGAUCGCCGGCAUCUUGAUCUUUGCCUCGGCGUUCCUCGAGAUCCUCUUCAUCCUCAACUCGAUGUUCGGCACCAAGAUCUACUAUGCUUUUGGCUUCCUCGCGCUCGCAUUCAUCAUCACCGCCGUCACCUCGGCCACCGUCACCAUCCUCUUCACCUACUUCCACCUCUGCAGCGAAGACUACCGCUGGCACUGGAGGGCGUUUGUCACAGGUGGAUCGGGCGCCAUCUGGUUCUUCGUCUACGGCCUCUUCUUCUGGGCGACCAGACUCGAGCUGCCUGGCCUCGCCAACAAGGUGCUCUUCCUCGGCUAUCUUUCUAUCCUCUCGCUCCUCUUCUUCACUCUCUUUGGCGCCAUCGGCUUCCUCGCCACCUACGCCGCGCUGCGCAGGAUCUACUCGGCAAUCCGCGUAGACUACCCCACAUCCAUCUCACCUGCUUCCAUCUCACCUGCUUCCAUCUCAUCCCCAUUGGCCUCGAUCCAGCCAGCCACGACACUUUCACCCCAGCUGCAAAUCCGCGCCGCCAACAGCAGCGUCACUUUCUUCAUCGCAGGAGCCUGCCUCCUCGCCAACCCUGCUCAUCGUUCGUGCGCCACCGAUUCGUGCGCCACCGAGCCAUUCCAGAUCGCAAUGGGUGUGGCACUUUCGCUGCCCUUCCUCGGCGGCGGCCUCGCAUCCAUCGCCAGCUCGUGCGUCGCGGGCCUCGCGUUCUUCUGCACCAGCACCGCCGCAUCCGCGUUCUUCAAGUCGUGCAACUGCCAGUCGUCGAUCGCCACGCGCGUGGGAUUCGCCAUCAUCUUCUGCCUGGACGCGCUGCUCGCCUGGCUCAGUCUCACGGGCUUCAUGAUGCACAAGAUCGAAGAAUGGUCGUACAACUACAUCAAGAUGGACUGCAAGGACAAGGAUCGCUGCUACGGCGUGCUUGCCGUGCAUCGCAUCACCUUUGCGCUCUCGCUCUUCCACUUUAUCCUCGGCAUGCUCCUCAUCGGCGUCAAGGACACGCGCACCAAGCGCGCGGCCAUCCAGAAUGGCUGGUGGGGACCCAAGGUGCUGCUGUGGCUGCUGCUCACGCUGCUCAUGUUCUUUAUCCCGAACGGAUUCUUCGUCUUCUGGGCCAACUACUUUUCGCUCAUCCUCGCGUCGGUGUUCAUCGUGGUGGGACUGGUGCUGCUGGUCGACUUUGCGCACUCGUGGUCCGAGACGUGCCUCGACCGCUGGGAACAGACCGAGUCGGACUUUUGGAAGCUCACGCUCAUCGGCAGUACGCUCGGCAUGUAUGCGGCGACGAUCGCGCUGACGGGCGUGCUGUACGGCUUCUUUGCGUCGAGCGGGUGCUCGCUCAACCAGUUCUUCAUCAGUCUCAACCUCGGACUCAUCGUCGUGCUCACGCUGCUCUCGAUCAGCCCCAAGGUGCAGGAGGCCAAUCCGAGGAGCGGCUUGGCGCAGAGCAGCAUGGUGGCUGCCUACUGCACAUACCUCAUCGCGUCGGCCGUUAUGAACCGCGACAAUGCCGAGUGCAACCCUAUCACACGCGGGCGCGGCGGCAGCGCCAAGACCACCACGGUGGUGAUCGGUGCUGUAUUCACCUUCCUUGCGAUUGCAUACUCGACGUCGCGCGCGGCGACGCAGUCCACGACGCUCGUGGGCAAGCGCCGCGCCGCGCUCAACGAGAGCCGGCCACCAUCGGGCUACGGACCGUUGGCAACGCGCGACUCGCUCGACUACUCGUCAACAGGCGUGGUGUCUGACCAGCCUACGAAGAAGGACUCGCUGCGCAUCCAGGCAUUGAUGGCGGCGGUCGAGGCGGGUGCGAUCCCAGCGUCGGCGCUUGAUGAAGAGGAGGACGACGACGAGAUCGAGACGCGCUCCGAGCUGGGUGCGGCGGAUGAGAGCGACGACGAACGCCAAGGAACGCGCUACAACUACAGCUUCUUCCACUUUGUGUUUGCGAUCGCGGCGUGCUACACGGCCAUGCUGCUGACCGACUGGCGCUUUGUGCGCCUCGGCGGUCCGUCGCCCGAUCCGAGCGAAGACGGCGCACCAAUCGCAUACAUCGGCCGCAGCACCACCGCCAUGUGGAUGCGCGUCGUCAGCAGCUGGCUCUGCAUCGCCAUCUACACCUGGAGCCUCGUGGCGCCUGUGAUUCUGCCGGAUCGUUUUGGCUUUGACUAG